GACCGACCCAGAACUUUUGUCAAAGCUUUGGAUUCUCGUCGGCGGUAUUUUGGCACAACACCGGAAGUGUGAGUUCGGAGAGGUCGCCCCCUUUCAUUCAUUCAGCAUAGUGCAAUAUGGCCGGAUUUGUUUUUUUCUUUUAACAUUUACGUGCAAAAUUUAACACACAUGGCUACAAAACGCAAAGUCGAGGUGAUUGUUCCCGCGGAGGAAAGUGACCAGCUCCUAAUUCGUCCACUGGGUGCUGGACAGGAGGUUGGGAGGUCAUGUAUCAUCCUGGAGUUCAAGGGGAGGAAAAUUAUGCUGGACUGUGGUAUCCACCCUGGCUUGGAGGGGAUGGAUGCUCUCCCCUACAUUGACUUGAUCGACCCAGCUGAGAUAGAUCUGCUGCUCAUCAGCCAUUUCCACCUGGAUCACUGUGGAGCUCUGCCAUGGUUCCUCCAGAAGACCAGCUUUAAAGGAAGGACCUUCAUGACCCACGCCACCAAGGCCAUCUAUCGCUGGCUACUGUCAGACUAUGUCAAAGUCAGCAACAUUUCUGCAGAUGACAUGCUGUAUACUGAGACUGACCUGGAGGAGAGCAUGGACAAAAUUGAGACCAUCAACUUCCACGAAGUCAAGGAGGUGGCUGGGAUCAAGUUCUGGUGCUACCACGCUGGUCAUGUGCUGGGAGCUGCUAUGUUUAUGAUUGAAAUAGCUGGAGUCAAGCUGCUGUACACAGGAGACUUCUCCCGACAGGAAGACAGGCAUCUGAUGGCAGCCGAGAUCCCCAGUGUCAAACCUGACAUCUUAAUUAUAGAGUCCACCUAUGGCACCCACAUCCAUGAAAAGAGGGAGGAGCGUGAAGCUCGGUUCUGCAACACGGUUCAUGACAUAGUCAACAGGGAAGGCCGCUGUUUAAUCCCUGUGUUCGCCUUGGGACGGGCCCAGGAACUGCUGCUCAUCCUGGAUGAAUACUGGCAGAACCACCCAGAGCUCCAUGACAUCCCCAUUUACUACGCUUCAUCCCUGGCCAAAAAGUGCAUGGCCGUAUACCAAACCUACGUCAACGCGAUGAACGACAAGAUCCGCAAGGCCAUCAAUAUCAACAACCCUUUUGUCUUCAAGCACAUCAGCAACCUCAAGAGCAUGGAUCACUUUGAUGACAUCGGUCCCAGUGUGGUGAUGGCGUCUCCAGGUAUGAUGCAGAGCGGGCUCUCCAGAGAGCUCUUCGAGAGCUGGUGCACUGAUAAGAGGAAUGGAGUCAUCAUCGCUGGAUACUGUGUAGAGGGAACCCUGGCCAAGCACAUCAUGUCUGAGCCGGAGGAGAUUACUACCAUGUCAGGACAGAAGCUGCAGCUGAAGAUGUCGGUGGACUACAUCUCCUUCUCUGCCCACACUGACUACCAGCAGACCAGCGAGUUCAUCAGGGCCCUCAAACCACCACACGUGAUCCUGGUCCACGGAGAGCAGAAUGAGAUGGCGCGUCUGAAGGCUGCACUGAUCAGGGAGUAUGAGGAUAAUGACCAAGUUCACAUCGAAGUCCACAACCCUCGCAACACCGAGGCUGUCACCCUCAACUUCAGAGGAGAGAAACUGGCCAAGGUGAUGGGCUCUCUGGCUGAUAAGAAGUGUGUUCAGGGCCAAAGGGUGUCAGGCAUAUUGGUGAAAAAGAACUUCAACUAUCACAUCCUCAAUCCAUCAGACCUUUCUACGUACACAGAGCUGGCCAUGAGCACAGUGAAACAGUCCCAGGCCAUCCCCUUCACCGGACCUUACUCACUGCUCGUCUGCCAUCUGAGGAACCUCACUGGUGAUGUGGAAGAGCUGGAUGGAACCGAAAAGAACACUUUGAAGAUAUUUAAAAACAUCACUCUGAUCCAUGAGGUUGGCAUGGUGCUGCUGGAGUGGAUAGCUAACCCUCUCAAUGACAUGUAUGCCGACGCUGUGACUACUGUAGUGCUGGAAGUCCAGUCCAACCCAAAGGCCCAGAAGGUCAUGGAGACCCAGAGUUCCAUCUUGGACAUGGACGUCUUCCAAACCCGGCUAGGAGUCAUGCUGCAGGACAUGUUUGGAGAGGAAUGUGUGGAUUUCAGAGACAAUAAAAACAUCGCAGUGACAGUAGACGGGAAGACGAUUCAUAUUUGCUUGGAAACGAGGUCGGUGUGCUACGAGGGUGAAUGCACAGAGGACGACUCCCUGAGAGAGAUGGUGGACCUGGCAGUGCAGCGGCUCUACGAUGCCCUCAACCCGAUCAUCUGAGAGUGGAAACAGGACUACAGGCCUGUAGACCGCGUCAGGACAUUUUUACACAUUUAAAAAGUGCUGGAAGUUAACACGCAGUAUGUAUUUAUGUGCUUAACAAACGGAUAAGUUGCUGCUAAGAACCAUAUCAACUUCCAUCUGACAGAUUACGUCCAUAUUUCUACAGUACUGGGAUCUAUAGCUUGUCUGCUUUGGUGUAAUUGACUGCCUCUACAGCAGGUUCUAAUCCCACUUUGUGAAAUCAGUGUGUAAAGGUUAGAUUGGCUUUUUACUAACAUCACAUUAAGGUAAGUUCCUGAUCCAUUCCCACAGAACUGUCAUGUGAGAAAAUUAAAUAAAUCAGCUAUGUAGAUUGCAUUAGCUUUGAUAGAUUUUAAUGUUGUUUUUUGUUAUACAAGCACUUUUAAAUCAUAUUUAAUAAUUUAAUAAGUUGACUGUAGCUGUGUAGAUGCACUGUAGUUUUUAGCUCGGCCUGAGUUUGUUACUAAUGUGCAGAUGUGUUUAACUGUGAAUUUCUAAAUGCACUAAAUCUUUGUGUCCAGUACAUAAUGCUUGAAAAAAAAAAAAAAAAGACUUUCACAAAAAUGUGUGUGCAACUGGUCAGUUAAUUCAUCAACUGGUGGCAGAAAUGUUUGUUAGGUAAUUAGGUUUACAGUCCAUCAGUGCUGGUGUUGCUAACAGUGGAGAUAACAAAAGCGACAUUUGUUUCACUGCGCUCUGAUGGACAUUUAUUAGUGAAAUAUCAGGAAAAUACAACCACAGAAUUUUACAAUAAACAUCAUUCAAGGCACAU